AAUAACAGCAAUAAUAAUAACAGUAGACGAAAGAAAGUGUCUUCUGUUAUCCUAGGAUCUUCAUCAGUCAAACCCAAAAAAAGGCCAGAAGACACGAAACGGGCGAAACCGAAACCGACAUUGAGGCGAACGAAAUCAUCUUUAUUAGACUUGAACAUUGAAGAACUAUCAGACAUGUUACGAAAUGUACAUAUAUUCACAGACGACACAAAGACGCCUUCUUCUAUGAUAGAACCAGCUCAGCUCCAGGCCUACCAUCAGAUCGGCAAGGGCACGUUAAAAUACACUUUGGUCUUUAAGGUACUUCAUGUGGACAACAUCAGUCAUACCAUCCUACGAACCAACACGUCCAAAAGACUGAAAAAGCCUUAUAUCAGCUGGACAUUUCUAUCGACAUGCAAUAUAUCACCUGCUGCCUCUUAUGUGCAAGAAUAUAAUCCGGUCAAGUCAUGUUUUCAACUCUGCGGACACCUCGUCGAUAUUCAGCACUGGCUUGAUCGAUUAGGUCCUAUCAAACUUUCGCUCCUCGUCAUGGAUAAGCACACCAAACAGACGGCCGGCACGUCCUCGAUCUCACUCAAGGAUCUCGCAUUUAAGGAGCGACCGUUUGACGAUCGAACAUGCUCUAUCUAUAAUGCUCAAGACGAAUCUGUGGCUGAGGUGACUGUACGGGUGGGGUUGAUCAGUGGAUGGCACCAGGACGAUAGUAGCUUAUUUGAAGACGGUAAACGAGAUCCAUGGGAUAUGAUCAUGAUGAGCUCACAACAAAAGAAAAUGCGUUAUUCCACCCCAUCGUCCAUACCGACACUGACAACAACCUCUAUAUCAACAAAGAGUACACAACCGACCAUUCAUUAUGUCACACCUUAUAUACGUUCAUCCUCCUCUUCGAUCAUGUCAUAUUUUAAUACAAAUAAUGCCAUUAAUAACAAUAAAAGGAGAAACAAAUGA